AUUCCGAGCGUGCUGACUGGUUGUCGGCGAAUGAAAUAAACAAAGACAAAGACUCCUGACUGUUAGAAAAACAUUGCAGACACCCGAUCUUCUUGCGUGAAAACAUGGAAACCGCUCUGGGCCUGAGUCAAGAGAAGGUGUCUACCUUUGCCAAGCGUCUGCGCGCCGACCCUCGUUACCUCCUGGCCCAGAAUGUGUCUACCUGCAUUGACCCACUUGAGGUGUGCCUGCAUCGGCAGACAGUCCAAGACACAGUACACAUCUUCCAGCACACCAUCCCCACAGAGGGCAAGCCUGUCACCAACCAAAAGAACUCAGGGAGAUGUUGGAUAUUUUCAUGCCUCAAUGUCAUGCGACUUCCUUUUAUGAAGAAGUUUAACAUUGAAGAGUUUGAGUUCAGUCAGUCCUAUCUCUUUUUCUGGGAUAAGGUGGAGCGCUGCUAUUACUUUUUGCACGCCUACGUGGAGACAGCCCAGAGAAAGGAGCCAGUAGACGGUCGACUGGUUCAAUUUCUACUCUCUAAUCCCACCAAUGAUGGUGGACAGUGGGACAUGCUAGUUAACCUCAUUGAAAAAUAUGGUGUCAUCCCAAAGAAGUGCUUUCCCGAGUCUCACAGCUCAGAGGCCUCCCGUAGGAUGAAUGACAUCCUCAAUCACAAGCUGAGAGAGUAUUGUCUAAGACUGAGGAACAUGGUUGCCAGUGAGGCCUCUAAAGCUGAACUGAAUGAUGCCAUGUACACCAUGAUGGAGGAGGUGUUUCGAGUGGUCAGUGUGUGUCUGGGCAGUCCUCCUGACACCGUCUGUUGGGAGUAUAGGGACAAGGACAAGAACUUCCACCGUAUCGGCCCUUUGACCCCCAAGGAGUUCUACACGCAGCAUGUCAAGCCACUGUACAACCUCAAGGAAAAGGUGUGUCUUGUGAACGAUCCACGGCCGCAGAACCCCUUCAGCAAACUGUACAGUGUGGAGUUCUUGGGGAACAUGGUGGGGGGCCGCAGAACGCUCUACAACAACCAGCCCAUCCAAGCGCUGAAGACAGCCGCUGCCAAGUCCAUCAUGGAAGGGGAGGCUGUAUGGUUUGGCUGUGAUGUAGGGAAGCAUUUCCAUGGCAAACUGGGCAUCAACGACAUGAAUGUGUUUAACCACGAGCUGGUGUUUGGCAUCUCGGUGAAAAACUUGAACAAAGCAGAGAGGCUGAUGUUCGGAGACUCCUUGAUGACACACGCCAUGGUCCUUACUGCUGUUACCAACAAGGAGGAGAAGGAGGCAUGCUUUGAGAAGUGGAGAGUGGAAAACUCAUGGGGUGACGAUCGUGGAAAUAAAGGUUAUCUAAUCUUGACAGACGAUUGGUUCUCUGAAUAUGUGUAUGAAGUAGUGGUGGACAAGAAGUUCAUCUCCACCGAGGUGCUCGAGGUCAUGGAGCAAGAACCCAUUGUUCUUCCUGCCUGGGACCCAAUGGGAGCCCUGGCAUAACCAUGGAAACUGAGGUUGCCCUGCCCAGUUUCAUCUCAGCCUGGUCUUUUUAAGACUCUGCUGCUUCUUGCUGGCUUUACCCUCCACAGUCUCUUAAACUUCUUGUUCUAGACAAAAUAAUAAUAAUAAUAAUAAUAAUAAAAAUAAUAAAUUUUUUCCUUUUUUUACUCAA